AUGAGUUAUCAACAACCGGACAUGUAUCACGAUCCUUCCGCGCGUUCCCCUGGCUCCCAGCGGCAUCAACAACCCCUCCACCGCCAGCCCUCACGCCAGUUUGAUGCUUAUGGUGCUAUGCCUGUAAACCUGUAUGAAGAUCAGAUGGCUCGCUACGAGUCGGCUAGGUUGGAGCGGUUAAACCCACCCAUGCAGAACAACAACUCCUACUCCUACGAUCUGUCCGGUUCGCAGACCUGGAACCCAAAUGGCUUUGCCAACGCUCAAACCCUUGGUGGCAUUCGGUCGGCUUCCGCCAGUCUGAAGCCUGCUGCUCGAGGACGCACCGCCUUGCCUACGACCUGGCUUGAUCAGCAACCGGGAAUGCCCAGUGCCUUCUCCAACCUAGGCCCCGGUCCUAUCCAGAGCAGCGCGAUGCGCCCGGAAGCAUCGGCUUCAUCCGAGGGCGAUGACGAACUCAUCCCGACUGCGAUCGUCAUCAAGAACAUCCCAUUUGCCGUGAAGAAGGAACAGUUGGUGCAGCUGAUGACCGAGUUGAACCUGCCCUUGCCCUAUGCCUUCAACUACCACUUUGAUAAUGGGGUGUUCCGUGGUCUGGCCUUUGCCAACUUCACUUCCGCUGAGGAGACCGCCACCGUGAUCGACGUGCUGAACCACUUUGAACUCCAGGGCCGGAAAUUGCGGGUCGAGUACAAGAAGAUGCUGCCGCUGCAGGAACGAGAGCGGAUCGAACGGGAAAAGCGGGAGCGUCGCGGUCAGCUGGAGGAGCAGCACCGACCUAUGCCCUCCCAACUGCAUACCCAGAGCUCUAUGACUUCGUUGAACUCGCACAUUCCAGCCACUUCACCUUCGCCUGUGUCGCAGCGUGGUGGUGCUGGCCAUGGCCAGAAACUUGACGUCGACUUGAAUGAUGGCCAGACUCUUCAAUACUACUCCCAGCUCCUCUUAUUUAAGGAAGAUACUACCCGCGACUCCGUGUUGUUCCCCUCCAACCUGACUCCUUCCCAACGACGCACGGUUCACACCCUGGCUCAUAACAUGGGGUUGGCCCAUGCCUCCCGCGGAAGUGGAGAUCAACGCCAGGUCCAGGUACUGAAAGUCGCUGCUGGCACCAAUGUGAGCCCACCGUUGCAGCCUAUUCCUCCCGCCGGACAGUCCGACAGCUCUCGCCGCGGACUGAACCGUGCCGCGACCAUUGAUUUUAGUGAGGCUCGCAACGAAGCCGGCCCCGGAGCCUUUAACACCCUUCGUGGGCAGACUUCGGGUUUCCUUGGGGUGUUGGAUUCCCCCGGCAACUUUGCCAAUACCCAAAACCUCCGUGCCGCCAAGUCCUUCGCCGACUUGCGCUCUUACACCCCUUCCCCCGUCCCUUCCUCCGCUAGCUUCCCCGCCGCGUUGCAGUCCAACGGCACUCGCCUCCAGUACGAAGGCGCCCCCACCGGCGCCUCCAACACCCCCACUCUCACCUCCGCGCCCUCCGGUUCCUCUCUCGGCAUGCAGCGUGACGAUAACCUGUUGGUCAACAGCCUGGGCGGCCUUUCACUGGGCACGGGCAUUGGAGGCCCCAACUCAAGCCCCAGACGAUUGCGUGGUAUGUUCUCCUGGGACCAGGACAGCCAGCCUACAACGGGCGCCAUUGGUAGCAACCGUGGAAUGGGAGUCGGAUUUGACACCGCUCAGCAGGAGCGCAUGCCGAUUCGCCAGCCUCGUGGACCGACCCCCGAGAAGCCCGGUUUCCGCCGCCAAGGACACCAAGCUCGCGGCAGUGAUGAGCUACGCGCCAGCUCCGGCGUCGAGAUCAUCGUGGAGUAA